AUGGCCUCUCACGUAGAGAAAUCCCAAAAGUUCCGUAUCGAGGCACUCCUCGCUCACGAUGUGGACCGGAGGCCGGACGGCGACGAGGCGAGCUACGCCGGGAGGAGUCCCGCCCGCAUCCCGCUCUCCCCUCGGCCUCCCAGCGCCCCACUGCAGGCCCAGCCGGGGAUGACGCCGAACGCCCCCGUCUACGACUUCUCCCAAGCGGGAUUCGCCGCGAUGCACGCCGGCGGGUUCUUCGGAAUGCACCCGAGGUCCGUGUACGCGCUGCCGCCAGCAUUUAUGUGUCCCGGCUUUCCGCAGCUGGUCCAGCCGUACCCGGGCCACCCGAAAGGGGGCAGCGUGGCCGAGGUGCACCCGCUGGAUCCCUGGAUCAGAGCCGGGAUGAUGUUCCCCAGGCUUGCAGAGUAUGGAGCACCAGCCCAAGCAGGUUUAUUGGGGAAGUGUCGGAAGCCCAGGACAGCGUUCACCAGCCAGCAGCUGUUGGAACUCGAAAACCAGUUCAAGCUCAACAAGUACCUGUCCAGACCCAAACGCUUCGAGGUGGCCACAUCACUCAUGCUCACAGAGACCCAGGUUAAGAUCUGGUUCCAGAACCGGCGAAUGAAGUGGAAGAGAAGCCGUAAAGCAAAGGAGCAAGCCAACCCGGCGUCCCCGCUGAGUGACGGUGAAAGGGCGGACAGUGUCCAGCUCCAAGCGGACUCUCCCACAUCCAGCCUGGAGGAUGAAGAUGAGCUAGAAGGCGAUGAAGAGGACAAGGAGCCAAGUGCACUGCCGGGUUCUCUUUGCUCCCUCUUGAGGCGCGCUGGAGGAGUCACGGGGAAUUAUAGCUCUUAUUUACAAGAGGAGCCGGAGGAGGGAAGUUCAAGAAGUGGGGUUUUCCCAUAG